ACCAACUCCAGUCAGCAGAUGGCGAUGAGCGUCUUUCAGGCGACGCUGCCAGUGUGACGUAUAAUCUAGUGGACGGGACGUUUCUUCAACAACGACAGCUGGUCAGACACCUCGGUAGCUUUCUGGCAAACAUAGCUACAACAUUCACACUCUUUACACUGUUUUGGUGUUUUAAAGUUCUGUCGUUUAGCUAGUUACCUUAUUUAAUGUUAUAUGUACAUUGUUACUCAGCUAGCUGGCUUAAUAAGUUAGUUUAGAGCUAGGCUAGUCGCUAAUGCUACCUAGCUAACAUCCCCGACCAUGAGUUCAUUGAGCUGCUCUCCUCCUGAUGAAGAAGAGGAGGUCUGCUGGACGGAGAAAGAAGCUCUGUGGCUGAACAUUGUCGUGAAAGAGGAGAAAAAAGAGGAGGAUGUCACCGUUAAAAAACAAUUAGAGGUUGAGUCUGUUCCGGUUAAAGAAGAAGAGAAAGACGUUUCAGUGAAAGAAGAGGAAGGCGCGUUCAGAGUGAAAGAGGAGGAGGAUGUUACAGUAAAAGAAGAUGAGGAAGAGCAAGAGGAGGCUGCAGGGGAGGAGGGGGAGAUGACUGUCACAUUGAAAGAAGACGACGAGGAGGAGACAGAAGAUCUGAUUAAGACCAGAGAGAGACCAGACUCUCACUCUGACAGCGGAAAGAGUCCUUCAGGGGAACCAGACCCAGAGACGCCCAAACCAGGGAGACAACACCACUGCUCCCAAUGUGAAAAGAGAUUUUCCAAAUCAGGGGACCUAAAACGGCAUGAGAGGAUACACACAGGGAGAAGCCUUUCCAAUGUUCCCAGUGUGGAAAGUGUUUUAACCGCUUAAGCAACCUGAAGGCGCAUGAGAGGACACACACACAUUAUUUCCAAUGUUCCCACUGUGGGAAGCGUUUUGCCUGCUUAAGCAGGCUGAAGAGGCAUGAGAGGACACACACAGGGGGGAAUCCUUUCCAAUGUUCCCAGUGUGGGAAGCGUUUUACCCACUUAAGGAGCCUGACUACGCAUGAGAGGACACACACACGGGAAAAUCCUUUCCAAUGUUCCCAGUGUGGAAAGCAUUUUACCCGCUUAAAGAGCCUGAUGA